GUGAUGUAAACGGAAUGCCACCGAUGGAGAUCCACUCGCGGGUUAGGCAGGCGGUAAGGGAAGGAAAUGGGCCGCUAAGAGGCGCCGCACUGCAACCGACCUUUCAAGUCUAAGUCAACUCAUUUUGCAAACUGCUAAGCAUCCCGUCGACUUUCCCUCUCUUUUCCUCUUUCCUACUCCAGCUGUUAGCUACCUACCUACCGCUUUCUUAUCCCAUUCUCCUUUCGACUAUUUGCCAUUCAUCAGAUUUUUCCUGUUGAUCACCUUCUCUCCAUCAAUCUUCAACGUAUUCAGUUCCUUUCGACUAUCUCCUCUCUUGCCCUCCUUCGCAAAUUUGACUUGAUUGGAAAUCGCACAAGAAUCUUCCUCUAUUUUCCUUUUGCACUACUACGACGCAGACGCUUUUAACGCAGACAUUCUUCUUUUCUUCAUCUUAUUGCAUCUAUUAGGGUCUAUUGAUUUUCUUUCUAGCAUUUCAAAGCGAACAAGGAAAAGUCACUAGAUUUCUUAGCCUCCACUUUUCAUCAUAUAGAGGCUCAUUGCUCAUAUACCUCUACUUCUACCUUCUCACGACAUCCUAGACCAUCUCGGCUUUUAUCCCCAACCCGACCUUCAACUCUUUCUUCGAUAACACAAUGGCCGAUACUCAAGCCCCCGUUAACGGCAAUUACCCUGUACCCCACGCCUAUCAUGACUCUUACAACCAUGCCCAUGCUGUUGCCAACAAUGCCUCGAAUUUCCAGCCAGCGCAAUCCACCACUCCCACCAAUGCCCCUCCUAGUGAGCAAAAAAAUGCGAUCUCUAAGGACGAGGUCGGCUGGUAUUUUGUUGAGCAAUACUAUACCAAUAUGAGCCGUAGUCCAGACAAGUUGCAUCUUUUCUACUCUCGGCGCUCGCAGUUGGUCUUUGGAACUGAAGCAGAGUCGGUUCCUGUUGCUGUGGGCCAGAAGGCUAUCAAUGAGAAAAUCAAACAGCUUGAUUUUCAAGACUGCAAGGUCCGCGUUUUGAACGUCGAUUCUCAGGCUUCAUUUGACAACAUCUUGAUCUCAGUCAUCGGUGAGAUCUCUAAUAAGUCCGAGCCAUCUCGCAAGUUUAUCCAGACCUUCGUUCUUGCUGAGCAACCUAAUGGAUACUAUGUUCUCAAUGAUAUCUUCAGAUACUUGGUUGAUGAGGAGGAUAUCGUGAAUGAGGAGCCCGCUCCCGCUGCGCCUGCCGAGCCUGCCGCACAGCCGGCUACCGAUGAGCCCGCACAGCCUGAGACUGAGAGUGCCCCGACUGUGGAGGCCCAGGAGGCCAACGAAGUCUCAGUUGCCAAGGUGGAUGAGAAGCUUGAAAAGGCGGAAGAAAAGGCCGAGGAAGAGCAGCCAGAGGAACCUGCACCUCAGGUCAAUGGAACUGAGACCCAGAGCAGCGAGGAUGUUCAGGAACCUGCCGCCUUGGCUGAAUCUGAGGCGUCCAAGACGGAAAAGCCCGCCACACCGGAGCCUACGCCUGCCCCAACAACACAGAAGGAAAAUACCGCUCCGGCCAAAGAGCCUGCUGUACCCGCCAGAGCCGUACCAAAGACCUGGGCCAACAUUGCCUCCAAGUCCGGCGCUACUGCUCCUGUUGUGCCUGCAAUUCCCGUUGCUCCCGUUAAGCCCGCUCCUGCUACCAACUCCGCCCAAUCGGUCCCUGCUCCUGCUGCUGCGGCUGCCACACCCACUCCUGCUACUGAGAGCACUCCUAGCCAGCCUCCUUCCAAUGAUGGGUCUGGCUGGCAGACUGCCGGUCACGACCAUAAGAAGACCCAGCCUCGUGCGGGUGAUGACCAAAACGUUAUGGCCUAUAUCAAGAACGUCACUGAUAAGGUCGAUGCAAACUUGCUCAAGCAGACUUUGUCCCGCUUUGGAAAGCUCAAGCACUUCGAUGUGAGCCGUCAGAAGAACUGUGCUUUUGUUGAGUUCGCUGACCCUGCCGGCUACGCCGCUGCUGUUGCUGCCAACCCGCACCAGAUCGGAACUGAGCAGAUCUCCGUAGAGGAACGCCGUUCUCGUACUAGCGCCUACGGGGGAAAUACCAAUUACGGCGCCAGUCGUGGUGGCUCUGGCCGUGGUCGUGGCGACCGUGCCGGCAGUCAGGGCCGUGGUGGCUUCCAGCGUGAUAGUCGUGGUGGCUUCGCUCCCCGUGGUCGUGGCGGUAGCGGCAACGUCAACGCCAAAGCCCGCAACCAAGCUCAGGCUGCUUAGAGCAGAUCACUUCUUCUCCUUUCUUUAAACCGGAGAGGCAAAAAAAAAAGAAUAGUGAAGAAAAGAAACUACUGGAAUCAGGAUGAAGAUUAUUUACCGCAAGCAGUCUUUUCUUCUUGACCUGUCACUUCCUCUUCU